ACGUGGGUGGAGCUGGCGCGCAGGUCGCAUGGGGGAGUCUAUCCCACUAGCCGCCCCGGUGCCGGUGGAACAGGCGGUGCUGGAGACGUUCUUCUCUCACCUGGGUAUCUUCUCUUACGACAAGGCCAAGGACAAUGUGGAGAAGGAACGAGAGGCCAACAAGAGCGCGGGGGGCAGCUGGCUGUCCCUGCUGGCGGCCUUGGCGCACCUGGCCGCGGCCGAGAAGGUCUAUCACAGCCUCACCUACCUGGGGCAGAAACUAGGGGGACAGUCCUUCUUCAGCAGGAAAGACUCCGUUCGCACCAUCUACACGUCCCUACAUAACGAACUGAAGAAGGUGGUGGCCGGCCGAGGCGCCCCGGGUGGAACGGCUCCUCACGUGGAGGAGCUUCUCCCCCACCUGUCAGAGCAGCUCUGUUUCUUUGUUCAGGCCCGGAUGGAGAUCGCAGACUUCUACGAGAAGAUGUACGCCCUCAGCACCCAGAAGUUCAUCAACACUGAAGAGCUGGUCAGCACCCUGGACACCAUCCUCAAGAAGUACAGCUCUAGAUUUCACCACCCCAUCCUCAGCCCUCUGGAGAGCAGUUUCCAGCUGGAAGUGGGCGUGCUGAGUCAUCUCCUCAAGGCCCAGGCUCAGAUCUCCGAGUGGAAGUUCCUCCCUUCGCUGGUUACCUUGCACAAUGCUCACACGAAGCUUCAGAGCUGGGGCCAGACCUUUGAGAAGCAGCGGGAGACCAAGAAACACCUGUUUGGGGGGCAGUCUCAGAAGGCUGUGCAGCCCCCACACCUUUUCCUUUGGCUGAUGAAACUCAAAACCAUGCUCUUGGCCAAGUUUAGCUUUUACUUCCAUGAGGCGCUGAGCCGACAGACGACUGCUUCAGAAAUGAAAGCACUGACUGCCAAGGCGAACCCGGACCUCUUUGGAAAGAUCUCCAGUUUUAUCAGGAAAUAUGACGCUGCCAAUGUGUCCUUAAUUUUUGACAACCGGGGCUCAGAGAGCUUUCAGGGUCAUGGCUACCACCAUCCACAUUCCUACCGAGAGGCCCCCAAGGGAGUGGACCAGUACCCUGCCGUGGUGUCUCUGCCCAGUGACAGGCCUGUCAUGCACUGGCCCAAUGUUAUCAUGAUCAUGACAGACCGAGCAUCUGACCUGAACAGCUUGGAGAAAGUGGUCCACUUCUAUGAUGACAAAGUCCAGAGCACCUACUUCCUGACCCGCCCGGAACCCCACUUCACCAUCGUUGUCAUUUUUGAGUCAAAGAAAUCUGAGAGAGACUCCCACUUUAUUUCCUUCCUCAACGAGCUCUCACUUGCCCUUAAGAACCCCAAAGUGUUCGCAAGUCUGAAGCCUGGCUCCAAAGGUUAGCAGGAGCUUGGCCAAGGCUUCCCAAGACUGGCUGCGUUGUUCUUAGCUGAGCAGUUUGUGGUUUGUAUUUAGGUUAGCUCAUGCUGCUUUCAGAGCUGAGCUAAAGAUGGAUCCUCCCUAAUCAUGUUGCACAGUUCAUAAGCAAUUAGGACCAAGGACGGAGUCUCCAAAGAGUAGUCUAGAAGAACCAUGGUGACUGCUGCACCAUGGCAUAGCAAAGGAGUAUCAACAUUUCCUGAUUUCCCUGUAUUUCAUGUCAAUUGAAUAUUUAUUGGCCUUUCAUUUACCUUUCCAGAUUUGCUUUUGUUACACUGUGCCCGAUGCACUUCCUGUGCACUUCCCAGCAUCCUCUCUGUGUGUGUGUCCCUGAGGAGCUGCAGGGAGAAGACACCAGAUGGGAUUGGUUGUAGUUUCCUCAGCGGUCGUACUAACUAGUUUUAUAAGCUAAUCUGAUUAGUAUUAUAGUGUAAUUAGAAUCUUGGUGAGAAAUUUCUAUCAGGUGGGAGAUGACCAAUUGAUACUGGUCCUUAAAGCAGUUUAACCAGCCACAGGUCCUUUCCUGGUGACCUUCAGCUCCGUCCCCAUUAGUCUUCACCUUUAAAGGGUUUGGUAGUAGACUGUCCCAGGUCCACCCAAGCCAUUGUGUUGGGUUGUCACCUGCUGGGGGUCACUUCUCUGCAGCACAGUUUAUUUUUAUAAAAAUCAAAACGACGGACUUAAUACUUUGUGCUUGCUACACAAAUCAGUUCUGUUCCAUGGUCAUCAGGUGAGUCCUGCAGCACCUCUGGCUGUGGUUUCUUGCCUUCUGGAGAUUAAGUUCAGAGUCAGUACUGGUCGAGUUUCUCAGCACAGGCUACCCUGUCCUUUCUCACUGUGUGUUCACAGGGAAGCAGACGGAAGGAAACCACCAAGAAGAACUGAGCUGCGACUGCUGGGUUUGUCCCUUGGAGCUUAUGUAAACAUUACGGUCAGAUCAGUGCUUCCCUGGAGAUUGUAUGGAGCCAUUGUCUGGCGGGGCGUCCACAGAGCCCCUCCAAGUGUGGUUGGUCUACCUGUGUAAGAGUCCGCCGACCAAGUUCCUGCACCUCCCCACUUUCACACAAACUUAAGCCAGUUGUCUUUAAACAGAGGGUAGUGAUUUCUCUGCAGUUUCUCCAGGUUCUACACAAAUAUGAACAAAUUUUAUAAUAUUGACCUUGACAUUAAAAAAAUUGAAAACAUUUGGAAUUAAAAACCAAACCAUUUUUCUUCUUUUUGUGUUUUGCUGAGAAACUGAAAAAUAAUCCUUGGUAUGUGUUUUUGUGUUUUUCCUGACUAAAACCACCAUUAGCCUUAAUGAUGUGGCUCCCAGGCACCUAAAAGAAUAUAGGCUUUGGUAGACCAUGGAGGGAUGUAUAUAAAACAUAUAUAAGUGUUUAUUACUUCAAAUGGUCAAAUAUAUACAUAUUUGAAUUGUAUAUUUAUUUUUAAACAUAUUUUGAGUAAUCUAAGAGGUAUUUACAAAAAAACAGGAAGCAGAUGUGAAUGUUAGGAAAAUCUAAAGGCAACAUAAACUCUUAAGUCCCUAUGCACUGUCAGUAUUUGGAGGAACCUCAAAGAUUGGUACUGUCUCUUUAAUUGUUUCCUAAGCUCCUCAAUAAAGUUUUAUAUAUAUUACAUAUA